GCCGAUGGAGUCGCCCAAGGAAUCAGUAAAAUUUUGCUGCCCGCCGAGGAAGCACACGAUAUUCCGGAUCAUUCGCUUCGCACGCGCGCGCGCAUUUCGCUUAGCCUACUACGGUUCGUUAGUUGUUCGCCAGUUCGGUCGAUUGCUGUGAGUGCUGUGUACUUUCUGGUUUUAGUGAGUGUAGAAAUUCCGGAAGUGCAAAUCGGAACUGCUUGCCAAUCAGUGCGUGGGUGAAUUUAAGAUUGUGAAUCAGCCGCUGUGACAUUACAAGCCGACAUCCACACCGUAUGUAGCAACAAUUAAAGAAGUAGCUAAAGUGGACAACAUUCGACAUCGUUUGGUUGGUUUGGUUGAAGGCGGCAAAGGAACGAGACGACGACAGCGGGAAGAAAAAUCACUUAAUUCGCACCGGAUAACAUACAAACUGGACGCAUAAUUUCAUUUUGAAACCCAUUGGUGGAGGAUGAGACCGAGAGGGAACACCCUUCUAUUCCAGCAGCUGCUGAUCCUGUGGCAGCUGCUGUGCUGUUGCGUUGUGGUCCUGGGCCAUGGCCGCCUGAUGGAACCACCGGCACGUAACGCCAUGUGGCGCUUCGGAUUCCCCAACUCGGUCAACUACAACGACAACGAGUUGUUCUGCGGAGGAUACGCCAUCCAGUGGGAGCUAAACCAGGGUCAGUGCGGAGUGUGUGGAGAUGCGUACCAUUUGCGAAGUCCCCGGCCUCAUGAGGCCGGUGGAGAAUUCGGCAAAGGCAUUGUCACCCGGAGGUACUUUGCCGGGCAGGAGAUCGACGUGGAGAUCGAACUGACGGCCAACCACAUGGGACGGUUCGAGUUGUUCCUGUGUCCGAACAACAAUCCGUACUAUGAGGCCACGCAGGAUUGUUUCGAUCGGUAUCCGCUGUAUCUUUCGGGGACCAACGAGGUUCGGUACACGAUUCCUCCGGAAUCCGGCAAAAAGGAGAUCUUCCGGUACCGAGUGAAGUUACCUCGCCGGGUGACCUGUACGCAGUGUGUUCUACAGUGGACUUACUACACCGGGAACAUGUGGGGACGAUGCGACAACGGAACGGAAGGAGUGGGCUGUGGGAAGCCGGAAACGUUCCGGAACUGUGCCGAUAUUAGCAUAGUGUCGGCUACGGGAGGCGGAAUUCCUCCGCUGUUUGUGGACGAGACAAAGAAUCCAUUCCUGCUGUACUACAGGGACUUCCGCGCGCCGGAAGGCAACGAUGUGUUCCCACUUAUUAUUCGCGACCAAGUUUGUCUCCCGACGGCAGCCUAUCGGAGAUUCAUCGGCAUGGACGACUGGUGCCAGAGCAACUGUCUGCGCUAUCCACCCAACUGUCCGGAAUCGGUGUGCCACUGUCCUCAAACCUGUGAAGCCAUCGGCGAGAUUGAGGGCCGCGAGGGAGCCGACGUGUACUGUAUGGACGAAUGCCUGACGUACAAAUCCAAGUGUCCAACGGACCGGUGCCACUGCUACUAGGAAACGAAUCAAAUCGAAUUUGACCAAGGAAAUUCAACGGAAUUCGCUUUGGAUUGACGCUAUUGGACCGAAGGAUCGCCAUAUCCUCCGGAAUUUUUAUGUUUUGUUACUUCAACCUGACAACCUGACACGAGAAGACACGCAGAGACGAGUGAAACUUGCCGAUUAUUUUUUUUUAGUUCAUUCCACGUGAAAGUUAGAUAGCAUGACCAUGAAAAGAAUGUAAAUGAUGAAGAGGGAAGUUAGAAAACCGUUUAACCCAAGAGCAGUCUCACUAACGCAACGUCGCGACAGCUCGUGGGUUGAACAAUCUAUCAAUCAUCAGCUGUACAUUUUACCCAACUGUGAAUGAGAGACCUUCGGAUGGAGAGAAAUGAGUGUAAUGUGAUGUGACGAAAGGCUAGAUCUUUGUGUAAAAUGAUGAUUACCGCUAUACCUGUUUGUGUAAAUGUUCCCGUUUCCUGUACAUGAAUUUUGCUCAAAUAAAAUGUGUGUAUAAUGUA